GGGAGCCCCCGGGCUGAUGGAUGGGCGGCGCCGCCACGGCCCGGUUGCCCCGGUGGUGCGGAGCUGUGACGGGAAUAAAACGCGAGACUGGAAAUAGCCCAGAGCCCCGGGGGUCCCGCUGCCCCGGGCAGGAGCUGCACACCCGGUCCCUGCUCGGGCACCCGGAGCGGGCGGGGAAGGAGCCGCAGCGGCCCCGGGGGUCAAGGAGCGCCUGUCCCCAGCCCCGGGACAUCCCUGCUCCGGGGGUCGAGACCCGCCCGCGGCACCGGCCCCGCUCCGCUCGGGGCAGGUCGGUGACAGAUCGGGCCCGCCCCCGGCCGGGACCGCCCAGCGCCGCGGGGCCGGGAGAGGCGGGGCCGGCGGCGGGCGGGCCGGUACCGGGAGAGGCGGGGCAGGGGAGGCAGCGGCGAUGGCGGUGCGGCGGGGCCCGGAACCGGGACCUGAGCCGGGCCCGGGGCUGGCGCUGCCGUUUCUGCUGCUGCUGGCGGUGACGGCGGCUGGAGCGGGGGACGCGCGGCAGGAGGAGGCGGUGCGGGCGCUGGCGCGGCGCCUGCUCGGCCCGCGGGCCGCCGCCGUGGCGCUGUCGGUGGACCCGGCGCUGGCGGCUGGCGGGCCCGACAUUUACCGGCUGUGGUCGCCUCCCGGCGCUGCCGUGGCCGUGGCCGUGACGGGCUCCAGCGGCGUGGCGGCGGCCGCCGGCCUCUAUCGCUACCUGCGAGACUUCUGCGGCUGCCACCUGUCCUGGUCCGGAGCGCAGCUCCGCCUGCCGGACCCGCUGCCGCGGCUGCGGGCCGAGAUCCGCGCCGCCGCCCCCGGCAGGUACCGCUACUACCAGAACGUCUGCACCCAGAGCUACUCCUUCGCCUGGUGGGACUGGGCGCGCUGGGAGCGGGAGAUCGACUGGAUGGCGCUGAGCGGCAUUAACCUGGCACCGGCUUUCGCGGGGCAAGAGGCGGUCUGGCAGCGGGUUUACCGCAACCUGGGGCUGAACCAGACGGAGAUCGACAAGUACUUCACGGGCCCCGCGUUCCUGGCCUGGAACAGGAUGGGCAACAUCCGCCGCUGGGCCGGGCCCCUGCCGCCCACCUGGCACCUCAAACAGCUCUACCUGCAGUACCGGAUCGUGGAGCGGAUGCGCUCGCUGGGGAUGACCACGGUGCUGCCGGCCUUCGCGGGCCACGUGCCGCAGGGGAUCCUUCGGGUCUUCCCACGUGUGAAUGCCACUCGCCUGGGGCGCUGGAGCCACUUUGACUGCACCUACUCAUGCAUCUACCUGCUGGACCCGGAGGACCCCAUGUUCCAGGUGAUCGGGACCCUCUUCCUGAAGGAGUUGAUCAAGGAGUUUGGCACAGACCACGUCUACAGUGCAGACACCUUCAACGAGAUGACCCCGCUGUCUUCUGACCCUGCCUAUCUCUCAAGAGUCAGCAAUGCUGUUUUCAGUUCGAUGACGGGAGCUGACCCCAAGGCUCUGUGGCUGAUGCAGGGCUGGCUCUUCCAGCACCAGCCUGACUUCUGGCAGCCAGCACAGGUACGAGCCCUGCUGCAUGGAGUGCCCCUCGGCAGGAUGAUUGUUCUCGACCUCUUCGCUGAGUCCAAGCCCGUCUACCAGUGGACAGAGUCCUUCUAUGGGCAGCCCUUCAUCUGGUGCAUGUUGCACAACUUCGGGGGCAACCACGGCCUCUUUGGCACCGUGGAGGCCAUCAACCACGGCCCCUUCGCCGCUCGGCGCUUCCCCAACUCCACCAUGGUGGGCACGGGGCUGGUGCCCGAGGGCAUUGAGCAGAACGACAUGGUGUACGAGCUGAUGAACGAGCUGGGCUGGCGUCAGGAGCCCCUCGACCUGCCCAGCUGGGUGACCCGCUACGCCGAGCGCCGCUACGGCGCCCCAAACGCUGCCGCAGCCGGCGCCUGGCGCCUGCUCCUCCGCAGCGUCUAUAACUGCACCGGUGUGUGCGUCAACCACAACCGCAGCCCCUUGGUGCGCCGGCCCUCGCUGCACAUGGACACGGAGCUCUGGUACAACGCCAGCGACGUGUACGAAGCCUGGCGCCUGCUGCUGAGCGCCGGCGCCGAGCUGGGCUCCAGCCCCACCUUCCUGUACGACCUGGUGGACGUGACGCGGCAGGCGGCCCAGCAGCUGGUCAGUGACCACUACCUGAGCAUCCGCCAGGCCUUCCAGAGCCACGCGCUGCCGGAGCUGCUGACGGCCGGUGGCGUGCUGGUGUACGACCUGCUGCCAGAGCUGGACAGCCUCCUGUCCAGCCACAGCCUCUUCCUCCUCGGCCGCUGGCUGGAGAGCGCCCGUGCCAUGGCCACCAGUGACCGGGAGGCUGAGCAGUAUGAGCUGAAUGCCCGCAACCAGGUGACGCUCUGGGGGCCCAGCGGGAACAUUCUGGACUACGCCAACAAGCAGCUGGGGGGGCUGGUGCUGGACUACUACACUGUGCGCUGGAGCCUCUUCGUCUCUGUGCUGGUGGAGAGCCUCAACUCGGGCCGCCCCUUCCACCAGGAUCAGUUCAACCAGGCUGUCUUCCAAGUGGAGAGAGGCUUCAUCUACAACAAGAAGCGCUACCCAGCUGUGCCAGCUGGGGAUACGAUGGAGAUCUCCAGGAAGCUGUUCCUCAAAUACUACCCCAGCGCCCUGCGGCGCAGCUUGGCUGGGCCUGCGUGACUUUGGAGCCUCACCCCCCAGAGAGGGUGGACAGAGCCCCUGCACCCUCCCCGCUCUGGGCUCCUGGCCUGAUGGCUGUGUCCUGGCUGUACUGGAAGAAGGGCACAGAGCCCUGGUGGCCUUUAGCCAGCCUGGAUCCACCCCUUGGCCUGCAUGGGCAGGAUGUGCCCCAAGAAGGGCUGGCACAUGGACAAGGGGCUGGCAGGUGGAUGGAUGGGGGGACAGGCUGUGCCCCAGGGUCCCAUCCCACACCAUGCUUUGUGCCCAGCUCUGCCUAGCUGCCCUGAGCCUGCUCCCAGGAAAGCUGGGCUGCCCCAGUGCUCUCACCUGGAAGCUUGGUGGGACACUGCAGAGGAACAGGACAGAUGUGUCCCUGCUGUGGGGCCUUGGCUGGCUAGCAGGGGCAGUGAUGGGGGAGAAGCAGACAGGGAGGUGGCAGUGGGCAGUGGGCAGUGGGCAGCAUUGGACCCCAGUGCCUGUGGGGACAUGGCACUGCAUGGCCCUGCCCACAUUUGGUGCCUUUUGUGUCAGGAAGGACUUUGCAGCAUUGCCUGCAGUGUUGCUGGGGCUGCGUUCCUCAGGAUGGAGAUUUUGAGGCCUUUUCCACAGCUGGGGCUUGGGCAGAGCCCAGCCAUGGAGCAAAUACAGACUUUUCUCCCAUGUGUGU